AUGUCCACCCUUAUAUGUUGUCCUAUUGCACUCAGUAUCUUCGACUUCUACGACUACCGAGGAUUCUUCUUCUCAAUAAUGGGAUUCAGAACUUUGAUCAGGAAACUUUUACGAGUCAAACAACCUGUUGAUCUUGUUGAUUUAAGUCCUCCCACAAGAUCUCGUUCCUCUUCUCAGUCAUCAUAUGAUGAACCUAAGGGUGACCGACCUUGGAGGUCCUUAGUCGGCAGAAAACUCAGAUACAAGCCUGGAUCUGGCUUUGCAACUCGACGAAAAGCCUACCGCAAUCGCAUACUGUUGAUAAUUUUCAUUCUAUGCGUUUUGGCAAGCAUCGCUGUGGGGACGUGGUACGCUCUCGUGAUCGCAUUGAUCAAGCGACUCUCACCAAAGACGCCUUCAAAUGGUCUCCAAUCAAUCACUAAAAACUGGCAAAGGCCCAGUGACUCAUUACGCUUGCUAUCACCUUGGCCUCAAGACUUCAGCAGAGACAUAUCACCUAUCCAAAUACAUAGUCAUAACGAUUAUCACAGGAAAGUCCCCCUCUACGAAGCCUUAGCAGUUGGAUGCGUAGGCGUCGAAGCAGACAUCUGGGUCCGCCACGAUGGAAACGGCAAAGAAGUCCUUCUCGUCGGCCACUCGUCCAAAUCCCUCACUGCACAACGGACACUAAGCAACCUCUACCUCGACCCCCUUCUACAAAUCCUCGACAACCAAAACAAGCUGGGAGCAUACGAAGACUCUCAGAACCAAAACCGUCCAGUCGGAGUUUUUGAAACGCAACCAGAUGAAAGUGUCGUUCUGCUCUUGGACUUCAAAUCCUCAAGCGCAGACCUCUUCCCCAUCGUCCUGGCCGCCCUUGAACCACUCCGAAACAAAGGCUACCUCACUACAUAUACAAACAACAUUCUAACUCCCGGCCCCCUUACCAUCGUCGCAUCCGGAAAUGCCCAGUACUCAGACAUAAUCUCCAACUCCACAUACCGGGACAUCUUCCUCGACGCGCCCUUAGCCUCAAUCUCAGACCCCAAAUACAACACCACCAACUCCUACUACGCCUCGACCUCCCUCGCGAAAGCAGUAGGACGUCUCUGGGGCGGGAAAUUCAGCUCAAAGCAAUUGCAGAUCGUCAAAGACCAGAUCAAGGCAGCGAGCGACAAGGGUCUCAAGGAUCGGUACUGGGAUACGAUUAGCUGGCCUAUUCCAUGGCGCGAUUAUGUCUGGAAGACGUUGAUGAAUGAGGGGACGGCGAUGCUGAAUGCUGAUGAUUUGGAGAGUGCGGGGAGGUGGAAUUGGGAUUACUGUGUUGUGGCCGGGUUUAUCCUGUGCGGUUAA